GCUCGGAACGACCGGGAAAUUCUCUGCUACCAUCUUCAGCAGCAGUUAGUUUCGGGACAAUUGUGGCUGCAGGAAAAGUGGGGAAGCAGGUAGCUUCCAGCUCAGCUGCUUCAAGUAAAGUUACGAUCCCUUUGGGCUCGGCUAAGCAUUUACAAACGCUGGGUGUGGAUUUCAUGGAUCAUGUGUAGGAAAACAGAAAAAAUCAACCGUGCAAAUUGGUUUCAACCUUUAAGGGGCCCGAAUGGAAAACUAUUGGCCCUAAUUAAUUGUGAGGAUUGAAGCUACGGGAAAAUGUGUUCACCACCGCCCAUUUUCAGGGUGGAGAUAGAGAGCGUGCAAAAUGUGACAUAGCUUGGUGUUGUUGUUGUUGGUAGUGCAGUUUGAUGUUGGAGGAUUGCUGGCUGAACAUUUGUGAAACGGAUCAAUGGAACAUUGGAGAAGAUUUCCUGACAAGCACGAUCCAAUUUGUGCACGCAGUCUCGGAUAGCAAGAAAAAAAAUGAAUAGGUGCAGCUUUGACCAACUUGCCUCGUUUCUGUGAAAAAAAAAUAAAAAUUGGGAAGGAAAUGUGUCUGCAAUUUCCGAAACAAAUGAGAUAGAAAAACGUGAUCGGUGCAGCCAGGAAGUCUCAUUAUGAGCGAAAUAAUGAAUUAUUCAUAUGCAUAAGCAAAGUUUUCGUUUAGGUACAGUGGGUGGACUAUCAGAAAAAAUAGAUCUCAAGCAGGGUGGAUAAAUGUGCAGCGAAGUCGAAUUUGCUAGCCGUAUAAUCCAAAUUGGAUGACGGUAGUUGAAUUUCGGAGCAUAUAUUUGAAAAACUGUUCUCAUGUUUCAGUGAACCCAGACUACGCUAGCAGCAAGAUAAAGAGAACGAGUGGAAAAUUCGCCCCAAAAAAUCCAAGAUGCUCCUUCGACAGGCAAAGGGAUUACAAAAAAAAACUGAGAAGAACGACUAGCUGGCAUCAGCGUCGCAAUGUGUAGUACAGUGUGCGUGAAUAAGAUGCUGUGAAGGGGAUGGAAUAGGACCAACCAGGAAAGUGUGAACCAUUGCAGCGAUGCCAGUUAUGCCAUGGAAGAUGUGUUUGGAUGAAACAUAGAUUAGAAGUCAGAACCUGGCAUCUACAUACACAAAGUGAAUAUAAUCAGAUUCGUGAAAGCGAUUUAUGAUGUGCCAUGGUACCAUACAGUCAUAAGAAAGAAGAAAAAAUGCGGACUCGGCGUGGAUCAUGGCGAUUAUGUGGAAAAAGAAGGAUGAAAAUCUCGUCGUCUGGGUGGAAAGAAAAUAGAACGCGAUGAAUGAAAACUGAUAGCAGAUAAACGUUCAAAUCCUCAAACAUUUCGAGGAAAAUUAAAGCCAGACCAAAGAUAUAUCUUUCCAUCACGUCUCUGACCGCUGAUGCAUGCGAAAUAGAGCCCCGAGCAGCGGAAAGAUUUAUUCGAUUCUUGAAGGGACGAGCUUGGUGAUGCUGAAAGUGAAUUCUGAUAAGUAGCUGGGAAGGAAGGGUGAAGUGAAAAUCUGUGAAAUCUAGUGAUACGAAGUUUGGGUUGAAAUGAAAUACGUGGUUAAGGAGGAAUCGGUAGUGAAAAAAGUUAUCACAAUGUGAAUGUACCAUGCCAAAAAAAUCGUAUUCGAGCUGUGUCUAAAAGUGAUAGAACUUGAAAUCUUAGAGUUGACCCAAGAAGUCGGCCACAUAAACAACGAAUAUGGCCGAUCUACAGGCAACGAUUGAGUUUGCUGUUGAGUUGUACAAGUUUUACAAUGUCGAUCUUUUCCAGAGGGGUUGACAGCCGACAUCUGAAGGAAUCUAUUGAACGGGCGGAAUUUUCCCUCAAUCUGGAACUGUGGUUCGGUGAGCAGACGACGGGCAACGUGCUGGCCCUGGCCUCGACGCGGACGCUGCAGCUCAACUUUCAUCCGGGGCGGGGCCUUCACUACCAUCUGCCGGUGCUCUUUGACUACUUUCAUCUAGCGGCGGUCAGCGUGGGAAUCCAUGCCAGCCUUGUGGCGCUGCAUCAGCCCUACAUCAACGCCCCGAAAUCAACCAAACCAUGGAUCGGAGGAUCGAAGCUGAACUGCCGGGGAGGAAACUCACCCGGACCACUGGAAGCCAUCUUCUUCGGACCGCAAGUGGGAGGCGGAGCCAAGUGUGGCGGCGGAUCAGCUGGUCGCCUGUUGCACGCCCGCAAUGUCCAUAAGGAAAUCUGUGCCUUGUUGCUUGGAGCGCUGGAGUCGCUGAGGCUAUCGUUACAGGAAUUUUGCACCGUAUUACCGCACCAGUGGGCUGCCCUGACGGGUUCGACGCCCCUGUCCAACCUGGACACCGAACAAAGACUGAAGAAGCUGGCCGAUUCGGCAAAGCUAAUGGACACCGAAGAUGAUCUUGCUGCACGGGCUAAUUCGGAUAUAGCGCAGCUAUGCGCAGAAUGUAUACUCUACUGGAGACGAGCACUUUCAGCUGCUAAUCAACCCUCAGUACACAGUUUGUUGGCUAAGAAACAUCAUACGCUCCGAGUUCGUCGUUUUGCAGAAGGGUUCUUUGUAAUAGAAAACCCAAGACAUGCGGCUAGUGGGUGCUACGAUUCGAACUAUCAGAACUAUGUCUCCAUAUGCGAAAUGGCCAGGAGAUCCAGAUAUCUUUCGUCACUUCCACCCCUACCGGUGCAUUGUACUGCAUUGGAUGGAGACGCCAAUUCGCUUCCUUUGAUCUUUGAAGAUCGUUAUACAGACGCGAACGACUACACCAAACGACGAUCUGGCAGUGAACCUUACUUGAAUGGUCAUAGUGGAACAUUUGGAAAGCUAAAAUCUCAUCAUCAUCCAAACAAAAUUGCACCCGUUAUAAACAACAAAGAAUGUUCUUGUGGAAUUUCGUCAUGCUAUAUUGAACCUAUUCCAAAAAUGUGCAAUAACUAUAUGGGACUCAUGACAACUCGUUACGCCCUAGGCGGUGAUAUUCUACAGGCAAGCUUGACGAUAACCCCAGCCGCAGCUGCAUCACAAAAUGGCAUCUGCGCUAAAACUCUGUCUAGGCAUUCCGUCUCAACGCUCGUAGAACCUGAAUGCCAAUGGAACCAAUUCAAAGCUAUCUAUGCUCCUGGGACCGCGGUCACAGGAGGAACCCUUCCCACAAGACAUAGCAAAUCAUUGGAUCAACUCGAAAUUCAGAAUACUUCGUCGCUUCCCCGACAACACGUCCAUAGUGUCAAUUAUGAUAACUUUAAUCAAAAGCAAAUUAUUUACCAUCAACCAGGUAACGCUAUUAUACAAGCGAUCCCAACCAAGCCUAAAAAGAAUCCUGUCCAGGCUGAAGACCUACUGAAGAAUAUAAAUGAGUUUCGAGAAAAAUAUAAAAAUCCGGGUGAUCCUCGUAAAAUGAUAAACUCCAACAGCUCCAAUAGUACCAGUGUAUAUGAUGCAAAGGACAUAACACAUCACACACCAAAGCACGUACAAACCCUCAACAGGUUGCCAAAACAGAUUAACGGAUAUGCAGUGCCCAGAACUGAUUACAUCCAUGAAAUGAAACACCACACGCAAGCACUAGUGAAGCAUGAAUCGAACGGUCAACAAGCACCACAACCACAAUCUUGUUAUUACAACUCACUACCGAAAAAUGCUGGAAUGGGUCUUUCAAUACCUCCAAGAAACUCAUACCCUCCUAUCCGAAGUAAAAAGCAACAAUCUACUGGAUCUCUGAACACAGCAACUGAUUCGAACACCAUUCCGCGAAGUAACUCAUCUCAAAUGCUUCGAAUACAAAAUGGUACUCCCAGCGUAAACAGCAAUACAUUACCCCAUCGUCCAGUAGAAUUUGCCAGAAUCCGAGUCUCUGACUUCAAGCAGAUGGUAAAUAAUCAACGACGGAAUAGUAAAGGGACAAAUGGAACCAACGAUUCAAGCAGUUCGAAUAGCCCUGCAGUAACACCAAAAACUCGCAUCAAACAAAGGCGGCUUCUCUCAUCCGCAAGUGUUCCCUUCAAAUUGGAGAAUCUAGAGCUUGAACAAGCCGGUGGCACGGCCGGUAUCAGCGAAAGUUUACCGAAUCUCGCACCUCCGCCAGCCUUCAGCAACUCUCCAAUGCCGCCGAUGCGUUUACGGCGAAGGCAUUCCAGCAGCGAGUCAACAUCUUCGUUGAGUGAACAAUCCGGAUGGGUUUCCAGUCGAAGAAGCACAGGACCUUCUAGUCCGGAGACAUUGAGAAAUGAUCAAAAAAUUGUAAAUGGCGAACAGUUGCGAAAAAAGCUGUUGAAACUACUCAACGAGCAGCCACGACUAAACGAUAGAAAGAACAGUAAUAAGGCAAACAUCAAUGAGUUUCUUGUACGAAGUAACCAAAGUUCAAUGAAAUCCAAAUCAAAUACCGAUAAUAUAAGAAGUUCAGUUCAAAUCGAAAACUGGAAUAAUCUUGAAAAAGAAUGGAACGAACCACGAUCAAUACAGAAGAAUACCGAAUGUAGACGAAACACCCAAAAUUCUACGAUGGAAGGACGUCAACAGAAAAAAAGCACUAAGAAAGAGAAAUCAAAGUCUGACUUCGAUUUAGCCAAUAUCUCCGAUUAUGCAUUCGAAGAUCUUCGGUUACUCCCUCCCCAGCAAUUUCGGGACUUAGCACCACCACCUCCAGAUGAAUUCCGUGAUCCUCCAUCUUUAGUGGAAGAUGUUCAGAAAGAAAAACCUCCUUCGGCCAAAACAAAUCCUCCAUCAAAUCCCGUACCCAUACUUCCGACACCACAGCAAACGCAGAAACCAGAACAAAAACAACAACAACCUGUACAACCACAACAACAGCAGCAACGUCCACCGGUGCUGAUUCCUCAACCUCAAGUUCUGCCGUCAAUGAUUGUCCAACAACAGCAGAUCAUUCCCGCAGCUCAGCAGUAUCAAAUUGUCCCGGUUCAACAGAUCAUCCAACAACCGCAGUAUAGCAAACCUAUCAAAACGCCUAUCAACCAGCAUCGCUUUAUUAAGAAAUAUGAAGUCCACGCCAUCGACAACCCACUCUACCACAUCUAUGAGGUAGUCAAAGCACCGCGACAAGUAAUGAAAUCGCAAAGCUCCAGCGAGUUAGCCGCCAUGGCCAAGUGCGCCGAAACUCUCAACAACCCCAAUGCCACCAUCAGCAAUGCUGUACCGCAGCAAAACGGAAGCAUGAAUAAUACCACCCAUGAGAAUCCAAUUCCACCGGAGCGAAAGUCAUCAAUGCGAAAUCUGGAUCGCAUCCAACACACACCGGCAGAUGACGACGCUAAAAAACGCAUAGAUCCACCCAUGCAGCUCCUGGAAUUUGAAAAGUGCCGGGAAGAGUUUCGCAAACAAAUCAGUUACUCAGGGUCUAUUUACUCGGACUUCCAGAAAUUGGCAUCCGAGAUGCCUUAUUUCCACAUAAGCGACGAGUUCCGGCCAUUCUCCACCAACGGCUUGCAUCUGGUGAUAUGCGUGCAUGGCCUCGAUGGGAACUCGGCAGAUUUGCGACUUGUGCGGACCUAUUUGGAGCUGGGCCUACCCGGGGCGCAUCUGGAGUUUCUCAUGUCGGAGCGUAAUCAGGGUGAUACGUUUUCAGACUUCGAAACCAUGACCGAUCGGUUGGUGGCCGAAGUGCUGUAUCACAUCGAAACCUAUCAGUUGAAUCCAACGAGAAUUUCGUUCGUCGCCCACUCACUUGGUACGAUCAUAGUUCGAUCGGCGCUGGCAAGACCGCAAAUGCGACCACUGCUGUCGAGGUUACACACGUUCCUGUCGCUGUCGGGGCCACACCUGGGAACACUCUAUAACUCCAGCGGAUUGGUGAACAUGGGAAUGUGGUUCAUGCAGAAGUGGAAAAAGAGUGGUUCCCUUCUACAAUUGUGCCUGCGCGAUGCACCCGACCCUCGACAGAGCUUCCUGUUUCGACUGAGUCAACGGAGCACCCUGCACCACUUCAAGAACGUACUCCUGUGCGGUUCAUCCCAGGAUCGAUAUGUGCCACCGCAUUCAGCCCGAUUAGAGCUGUGCAAGGCUGCAGUCAGAGAUCAAUCUAACAUUGGUGUCGUCUACCGGGAAAUGGUACACAACAUCAUUUCACCGAUGUUGGCUAGACCGGAUCUCACACUAGCCCGAUACGACGUACAUCAUGCCCUGCCACAUACAGCAAAUGCUCUCAUAGGUAGAGCUGCCCACAUUGCGGUUCUGGAUUCAGAAUUGUUUAUUGAAAAGUUUUUACUAGUUGCUGGAUUGAAAUAUUUUAGCUAGCUGAUUGAAUCUCAGGAUAACCGCAAUAAGGAAGAAACGCACGAUCAAAUACGGGGUUCCUUCGGAAGGAUCUACCCAAGAGCAAUACAGAAACAAGUUAGAGUUUCAAUUUACUAUUGAAGGAUUGAAGUAUUGAUGAACACAGCCUAUGAGAUGAACUGCAAACCAAUUGGAGACAAUUUAGGAUAGAAAUAUUGAUUCUCUAUCAUAGAAGAUACUUGAUUUUGAUAAGAUAACAUAAAAUGAACAAAAUCAACCCCAAAAUUAUGAAUAAAACAAACAAAAACUAUGACUGAAUCUUAAUCUAAGUUAAGUUUUGUUCAAGCGAUAAUUUAUUUUAUACUGUAUUCUAAAUCUGUGAACAAAACGUAAAACGGAAAAAUGUAAAUCGUACAGGGUCAAAAAACUGUUAAAAAAAACUUCAUAUGCGUGUUAAAAAAAACUGUUGCAAGUUUAUCAGAGCGGAAUCAAAUGGAACGAAGUGAAAAAUCAAAUGUCUCUAAAGACGAACAUCACACACGAAAAAUUCCACUGCCGGUUGUUGAUUCAAAUGCGAUUAGUUAAUGGAUCUUUCUGAAAACUGUUUUCAUUCGAUCGCUUAUAAAAUACUCAGUUUCGUACAUGUUUCUCUGUAUUAGUGACGUAAAAGUGUAAAUUGAUCGAAUACAUAUAUUUUACAUAAAUGAGACUGAUUUAAAUCUAAAACCACAAAACUGGAAAUCAAGAGAACAAAACCAAAAAAGUAGAUAUAAUAAUCAUUUCAGUAGGUCAUUGAAAAACAAAUACCAUUACAGGAUUGGGAAACAACAUUAUGAUAUUCGUGUGAAAUACAUUUUACGAAAGUAGUUAGCGUAGCAAUUUUAAGUAUAAACACAUGCUUAGGUAUGUUUAGAAGGACAGAGUAAAGUUCAAUUGACCAACAGUUAGAUUCAUUUUUACAGAUUUUUACAGGUAAUAAUAGCUAUUUGUACAAAAAGAAUUUAGAUUUUUUUUGGAUUUUUCGUUUUAUAAGUUAUUUUGACUUAAUCAAUAUGUGCCAAACAAUACGAUAUAAAACUUUACAGUUUGACCAGCAUUUAUUUUCAUAUUGUUCACAUCUCAAUCAUAUAGUUAUUAAUUUUCUUGACCAAUCAAUUAGCUUGGAAAAGUUUCGCCAAACAAGCAUGUUUAUAGAGAGAGAUACAUCCGUUGGCAGAAUCCAUACAGCUAAUACCUGAUCUGCUUAGUCCAGAAGUGCUUAGCUCUGGCUGUUUUUGUGGGUCAACCGCCUACGUUCGUUGUAUUGUGUAAAAUAAAGCACGAACGAUUUGGUACACAUGCUCUUAUGACAAUGGAUGCCAUAUGCCAAACAUCCUAUUUACUCUAGGUAUAUGGAUAGUUCAGCGCCCUCCGGCUCACGAACGAAACGGCCUACGACUAAUUCUGGAGGAGAAGGAUGCAGCGCGGGCGAUCUCGCUGCACCAAGGGACUCGGAAGAACGCGAAAUGCUAUAGACAGAAGCGGAGACAGCAGACCCGGCUUUUCCAGGAAAAGAAACGCCGCCUGGAAGAAGUGGAGGGCGAGGAGAUGGAACAGUUGUACCGUUCUCAAGAACAAAGUGAUAUCCCAGAUCAUCUUCUGUCAUCUGUUACCAAAAGUGAAUGAGUUCGUGGGAAGUUAUCGCUCGGCAAUGAACCAGAUCUUUACUGUGCAUCGUCCAAAAAUCCCGUGAAUACCAGAUCCCAACGCAUCACUUAUUUAUCGCUUUUAAAGCGGCAUACGACAGUAUUGACCGCGUAGAGCUUUGGAAAAUUAUGGACGAGAACAUCUUCCCUGAUCUAAUCAAAGCAAGGGUGGAUGCUGUGCAAAACUGUGUAAAGAUUUCUGGCGAACACUCCAGUUCGUUCGAAUCGCGCCAAGGACUAAGACAAUGUGACAGACUUUGGGGCUGUUGUUCAACAUUGCGCUAGAAAUGCGGUGAGCCGGAUGUAACAGCCAGGGUACGAUUUUCAACAUAUCCAGUCAAUUUAUUUGUUUCGUGGAUGACUUGGACACUGUCGGCCGAACAUUUCCAAAGGUGGCAGAACUGUACACCCGCCUGAAACGUGAAGCAACAAAAGUUGGACUAGUGGUGAAUGCAUCGAAAACAAAAUACAUGCUAGUGGGCAGAACCGAGCGCGACUGACAAGUCCCGUCUGGGAAGCAGUGUUACGAUAGACGGGGAUACUUUCGAGGUGGUCUAUGAAUUCGUCUACCUUGGAUCCUUUGCUAACGGUCGAUAAUAAUGGUUGUCGUGAAAUACGGGCUCCUGAAGGAACUGCGAUCUAAAAAGAUUCACACCCGCACCAAAUGUACAAAACGCUCAUAAGACCGAUAGUCCUCUACGGACAUGAAACUUGGACAAUGUUCGAGGAGGACUUGCAAGAACUCGGAGUAUUCGAGAGAUGGGUGCUUAGGACCAUCUUUGACAGUGCGCAAGAAGACGGUGGGUGGCGUCGAAGGAUGAACCACGAGCUCGCUCAGCUCUACAGCGAAUCAAGCAUCCAGAAGGUAGCUAAACCCGAAAGGGUACGAUGGGCAGGGCAUGUUCCAAGAAUGCCGGACAACAAUCCCGUAAAUAUGGUGUUCGCUUUUCAUCCGGCAGAUAUAAGAUGGCGUGGAGCGCUGCGAGCGAGUUGAGCUGACCAGGUACAGAACGGCUCGGCAGACGUGGGGCGCCUUCUAGGAUGGAGAGAUGCGGCCUCUGUUUAGUAAGAUGUAAACUAAAUAAAUGAUAAUGGAUAUUCACUUAAUAGUGCAUGUGAAGGGGAAAUUCUGAAAACAAAUGGUCAGUUGUUAAAUUACUUGUUUCCUAUUUUGCACAAGUACAUUUUCCUGAAUAUUGUCACUUGAAAAAGGUGUAACACAAAUCCACAACAUCUUUUACUGUCUCAUGUGUCCCGUCCUUUACGGGGUUCAUAGGCGUAAUGUAAAAGAUCUUCAUCCUGGGCAGCUCCUCGCUUCAGCCGAUUCCCGAUCAUCAUGAUAUAUUUACAAAUGCAAAAAUGGUAACUUGACUUAAAAACCUCGUAGUUUACAAAUGUGGAAGUGCUUAAUGAAGCUUCGAGGCGGCAUGUACAACUGGGGGAUGUAAUGAUAAUAUUAAUAAGAAUAAGAUAUGUGUGACCCAAAUUGGCUGGAACGAAAUGCGAUGAUAGGAGCUCUCCGUCGGUGAGUGUGCACGCCACGGAGAUCUGACAAGAAGAGGUCGAGUCAUGGCUUGCUGAUCACCAAUUGACACGCUGAGGUGUUCAUGUAUAAUCACACGCUGGAAGAAACUAACUCAAACCCCACAUUCCCCUUCUUCUCUCAUAAAAAAGGCAAAAAUAAUCCUCUUGCAUAGGAUGCAAUGAUUUUCUUCUAAUUUAAUUGUAUGCGCGAGACGAAGAUGAAUAUUGACUAUGUUGCAUUUGAGAAAACGAUUUAUUUCUUUGAAAACUGAACUCCAAAAUAAACUUGUUUUAACUGGUAGUCUCAUGUACACUAAAGCCGUCAAGUGUAUAACUAUCAAACUAAAUUUAUUUUAACCUAAAUCAGCACUCACCUUGGGAUUCUCCCAGACGCCUCUUGUAUUCCAAAUCACAAUCAAUUUUCAGCGGUCUUCAAAACGCGCUUUGUGAAUUUCCGCACACCAAAUCAUUUUCCAGCAGUCUUUCAAAAUCGCUACAAUCAAUUUUCCAGCGGACUUCCAGACGCGCUCUGUGAUUUUCCAAGCCACAAUCCGUUUUUUUAACAGUCUUUUCGACGCGCUUUGUGAUUUUCCAAACCACAAUCCGUUUUCUAGCGGUCUUCCCGACGCGCUUUGUGAUUUACCAAACAACAAUCCGUUGUCAAGCGGUCUUCCAGACGCGCUUUUUGAUUUUCCCAACUACAAUCCAUUUUUCAGCCGUCAUCCCGACGCCAAACCACCAUUUUCCAAACCACAAUCCGUUUUCAAGCGGUCGUCCCGACACGCUUUGUGAUUUUCCAAACCACAAUCCGUUUUCCAGCGGUCUUCCAGAUGCGCUUUGUGAUUUACGAAACCACAAUCCAUUUGCUAGCGGUCGUCCCGACGCGCUUUGUGAUUUUCCAAAUCACCUUUGUGGUAAUACAAACCACAUUGCUUUGUGUGUUUUUUUUUUUUAACCAUCCAAUAUUUUACUAAUUAGCACAUUAGCCCCUUGAAUGCAACUCACCUAUUGAAAUCAGCGUUAGGAUCCAAAAAAUAACCUGGCAGGUUCGCCAAAAUGUGUGGCCCCAAUUGGCCGGAACGAAAUGCGAUGAUAGGAGCUCUCCGUCGGUGAGUGUGCACGCCACGGAGGUCUGACAAGAAGAGGUCGAGUCAUGGCUUGCUGAUCACCAAUUGACACGCUAAGGUGUUAAUGUAUACACCCAAAAAACAAAUCUGACAAUUAUUGUAUAACAUCUGGGCAUAUACAAUUCUGUAAGCUUUUUAUACAAAUAUUGUAUUAAAAUAAUACAAAUCUGUAAUAUUUUAAUACAAUAAUUGUAUUAAAAUCUUCCUAAAUUGCAUAUGCCCAAUUAUUAUACAGUUUCUGUAAGGUUCUUAUACAGAACUGUAUUAAAAUCUGCCGUGCGCUGGUUGGGUGUAAUCACAGGCUGAAAGUAACUUAUUCAAACCCCACAAGAUAGAUGAGCGAUCGACAUAUCAGAGCGCCGCUAGUAGCGCAACAUCAUCCAGACGCGCUCUGUGAUUUUCCAAGCCACAAUCCGUUUUUUUAACAGUCUUUUCGACGCGCUUUGUGAUUUUCCAAACCACAAUCCGUUUUCUAGCGGUCUUCCCGACGCGCUUUGUGAUUUACCAAACAACAAUCCGUUGUCAAGCGGUCUUCCAGACGCGCUUUUUGAUUUUCCCAACUACAAUCCAUUUUUCAGCCGUCAUCCCGACGCCAAACCACCAUUUUCCAAACCACAAUCCGUUUUCAAGCGGUCGUCCCGACACGCUUUGUGAUUUUCCAAACCACAAUCCGUUUUCCAGCGGUCUUCCAGAUGCGCUUUGUGAUUUACGAAACCACAAUCCAUUUGCUAGCGGUCGUCCCGACGCGCUUUGUGAUUUUCCAAAUCACCUUUGUGGUAAUACAAACCACAUUGCUUUGUGUGUGUUUUUUUUUUUUAAACCAUCCAAUAUUUUACUAAUUAGCACAUUAGCCCCUUGAAUGCAACUCACCUAUUGAAAUCAGCGUCAGGAUCCAAAAAAUAACCUGGCAGGUUCGCCAAAAUGUGUGGCCCCAAUUGGCCGGAACGAAAUGCGAUGAUAGGAGCUCUCCGUCGGUGAGUGUGCACGCCACGGAGGUCUGACAAGAAGAGGUCGAGUCAUGGCUUGCUGAUCACCAAUUGACACGCUAAGGUGUUAAUGUAUACACCCAAAAAACAAAUCUGACAAUUAUUGUAUAACAUCUGGGCAUAUACAAUUCUGUAAGCUUUUUAUACAAAUAUUGUAUUAAAAUAAUACAAAUCUGUAAUAUUUUAAUACAAUAAUUGUAUUAAAAUCUUCCUAAAUUGCAUAUGCCCAAUUAUUAUACAGUUUCUGUAAGGUUCUUAUACAGAACUGUAUUAAAAUCUGCCGUGCGCUGGUUGGGUGUAAUCACAGGCUGAAAGUAACUUAUUCAAACCCCACAAGAUAGAUGAGCGAUCGACAUAUCAGAGCGCCGCUAGUAGCGCAACAUCAUCAACUAAAUGGAAGUCGU